GUGAAUAUUACAUACAUCCAUGCUAUAUUACUAUUAUUAAUAUCAAAUUACAUCAUCAUCCUGCACCUCCUUACUGUAUUUGUUAUAUUUUUGCCGUUUUUGAUAAAAAAUAAUAAUGUUUUAAGGUUAUACCUUUGUCAAAUGGACUAAUGUAGCUUUUUUUAUUUACAAUAUUUUUUUUUUAUAUGUUAAUUAAUACAUUUAAUUGUAUACUUGCAUAAAUUUAAUUAAAAUACAAUUAUAAAUAACAAUGGAAUUAAUAAUGAGAAGAAAUACUGCUGGUGUAUUAUUGAAAACAAUUGGUCAUAGUGGAUAUUUGAAUAGUUUACGCAAUUCUGGAUAUUUGUGCGAAUUGAAUCUCACCAAGUGGACCAAGAAAAGAAACGACAGUAGUAUAUUAAAAAAGAAUAAUUCAAUUUUUUCUUGUCCAAUUUCAUCAAGUAACUUUUGUUCUUUGUUCGAGAAAUCUCUUGUACAUGAUUUAUCAGACAGAAGAAUUAUAGUGUCUCAUUACAGCACAGAAUCAGACAAUGAUAAAUCGAAAGUUUGUAACACUACUCAGCCUAAAAAAAAAAUAUCAAUUUUUCAAAAAAUGAAACAACUAUAUCGUGAUUAUUGGAAAAUACUUAUACCAGUACAUAUUGUUACUUCUGUAUUUCAUGGUGAAAAAUAUAUACAAUUGAUGAAAAAUUCAAAUGCCGGUGAUUUUGCAGUAACAUAUGCUUUGUACAAAGUAUUUACGCCUUUACGAUAUACAGUAACUGUUGGUGGAACAACUCUGGCAAUAAAGUCAAUUGAAAAACUUGGCUAUCAACAUCUUAUACGUCCUUCCAUUAAGACAACGACAUCAUCAAGCGAAUCCAGUAGUUCACACAAAGAAACACCAAGUUCCAGUACCUCAACAAAAUGUCUCACUGAAGAUAGAGAAAGCAAAAAUUAAUGAACGUAUUUACAAAAAAUCAAGAAGAGAAAAAGUUUAAAAAAAAAAAACAAAAAAAAGCUUAUAAAAAAAAAUUCUAUAUUAUAUAAUAUUAUGCCAAUGAAUUAUUAUAUGUAUAAAAUUUAGCAUUAAAAUAAUGUACAGAAUUUGAAGUUUUUUUUAAAAUUUAUUUUAAUUGUUAUUGUAGCUUAAUCAAUGGUAUAUUUUUUUUGUACAUGAAACAUGAAUAAGUACUUUUUUUCAUUUAAACAAGAGUAUUGUGUUUCCAGCAAUUCAUUAUUACUAUGAAUAUUAUUUGUGAAUCUCAGCAUUUAUACUUUGAUUAACACUUAGUAAAUUGUGCAACAAAUGAUAAUAUCAAAUAUUAAAAUUUUUUCAUUCUGAACAUUUAUAUAUGAUUUAUAUCAUGAAUAUUUUCAAGUUUUCAUUUUAUUCUAUAAUUAAAUUUUUGAAUUGAAAUAUGAUCAAAUUAUUAAUCAUUAUUUUAAAUUUAUAAUAGAAAAUUAAAAAUAAAAAAAAAAUUGAAUGUAUAAAAAAAAUAAAUGAUAUGGAAAAUUAUGCUAUCAUUAUCACAGCUGUCUUCACAACAGGAUUUUUUUUUUUUUUUUUUGUUGAUUAAACUAUAAUUAUUAGUAUUAAAACAAAAAAAAAAAACGUAAUAAAUAGAUAUUUUUUAACUUUAUAAAUACUUGUUUAUAUUUUUAUGAACAAACUGUGAGUCUAUUUAAUCGUUUUGUUUACUUGAUUUAAUUUUUUUUUAGCCCAUAAAUUGAUAACUAGCUGAGACUGGUUGAGGUGCUCGUGGUUGAGUAUGUGAUAUACGUUGAAUAUGACAAG